GAGAGAGGAGGAGGAGGAGUCGGCCCCGGUUCAAACAGAUACACCGGCCUCAGAGGAAAGAAGAAGGGAGCACCGGACACCGCGCGCGAGAGAGAGUGAGGGAGAGAGCGGGAGACUGACUGGCGUUACCGAAAGUAGACGAACCGAAACGUCGACAUGAGCGGUCAGUUUGAGGAAGAUAUCCACGACCGGGCAGAGAGGAAGAGCAGUAAAUCCCCGACGCUGCUCUCCUCUUACUGCAUAGACAGCAUUCUGGGCCGCCGGAGUCCCUGUAAGGUCAGACUGAUAGGGGCGCAAAGUUUGACAGGUCUGCCCGGCAGAGGGGAGCUCGACAAGACGGCUGACAGGCCAACGAAAGACCCCCUUUCUCUCAGCGCUGACAUGCACCUGCCACCCAAGCUCCGCCGGCUGUACGGACCCGGGGGGAAAUACAUCCACGACCACGCGGAGACGCUGGACAGGGAGCGGCUCCUCCUGGAGCAAGCAAGCGACAGCCUGAAAAUCAGCCAGGCGCCGCAGGUGAGCAUCAGCCGCAGCAAAUCCUACCGGGAGAACGCGUCACUGAGCCGGGGAGAGGGCGACCAGAGCCCCGGGGAGGGCUCGGAGGACGGCAGCCUGGGACUGGUAGAGCUCGGCCCGUUGAAGUUCGAGGAGGACGCGGGGAAGGAGGAGAGCUGCGGGGACGCGGCCGCUCUGUCCCCGAAGGACGAGGAGAGGGAGAGCUUGAACGCCGGGGAUGGGGACGUGAGGGACGGGGAGGACAGCGUGUGUCUGUCGGCGGGCAGUGACUCGGAGGAAGGGAUGCUGAAGCGGAAGCAGAGAAGAUACAGGACUACCUUCACAAGUUACCAGCUGGAGGAGCUGGAGAGGGCUUUCCAGAAGACACACUACCCCGACGUCUUCACCAGGUAG